AAAAGCAAAUCAGUCAAUUAAAAUUAAUCAAAAAUGUUCAACAACUAUAAUUACCCGACAGCCCCAAAUCCUGGACCUGGAUUCCCAGGUUACCGAUUUCCACCCCCCUUUCCCCUGAAUUUCCAUCCGAAUUUCUCGGUCCCUCCGGAUCCGAAUUACAAGCCCCCAUUCCCAGUAAAUCUCCCCACUGAUCAAGUCAAUCCAAAAGUCACUUUAGAAACUAGAAAACAAGACGAGAAGUUUAUCAAAAAUUUCCUCGAGCAGGAAAAAAGCUCAAGUCUCUCUCGAGACUCUACAAAACCCAACUAUGAUAAGAUAUCGCGCGUUAAAAAUGCCCUGAGGCUUAUUUUUAAGUUGAAUCGGGACAUUAAAAGCAGAUGUGCCGAACUGAGACAUGAAAGUUUGUCAGAUUCCGAAUGGCACGAGAAAAUGAAAAUUGUGGAAGCGAUGAAAGAUGAAAUUAGGAGUGUGACGAUGCAGUUUGAGGAUGAAAAUUUCGUGAAGAUUGUGAGGAGGAAUGUGGAGAGGAGGAGGAAGAAGAGACUGCGUGAGAAACGGAAGCGAGAGGCUUGGAAGAAGCAGAAAGAGGAGAAUAAAGAGAAGAGGGCGCGUCUGCAUGCGGAGGCGGACAAUUGGAUCAAGAAGAAGGAGGAUGUGAUUGAAAGGGAGAAGCAGGAGGACCGAUUGAGGAAGGACGCUGAUAUUGUUCUUGCCGAUGUACGCGGGAAACGGAGUGACGCCAAAAAAUUCUUGGCGAUGCUUCGAGAAAUUGAGAAUUUGAGGAAAAUCAAGGUCAAGAUUGCGAGGGCCCGAGGCGAAAAUCUACCGGCGGCUGCGGACCAGGCUUUCAAUAAUAUCAUUGUAAAACUAGCUGAACAAUGGACAGCGCUAGACCGGGAAUACUCUCUAGAAGAGCAAGGUCUUAAAUUGAUGAUAAAAACGGACAAUGAGGAGAAGCAAGAAAAGGAAAAAAUGCAUGCCUUCAACAACUGGGAGGAUGCUCUCUUUGGACAGAGGAUACCGAAUAAUGUCUUUCUUCGAAAGAGCUUGCAAAACUUUAUAACAAUCAGAACAAUGUGGGACAAAUUUUGCAAUUUGCGAGGAACGCCUAUACCAACCGGAUGGGUCGUCCCAGCGCCUCCCUCAUCCGCAGCCUGGCAGAAGCUUCUCAAAAAAUCAUAACCAAAAUAAGGAACCCUAAUUUUUUAUAAAAAAUAGCGAUAAUGAAUCGAAUAUUUAAGUAGAUUACAUAAAUAAUUUGUAUUAUUUAAUAGUUGAUACUCGGAAAAUGGUUGACUCCUCAAGGAAUAAGCAUUUUUGAAAACGUUUAAUUAAAGUUUUAUAUU